AUGGCCCCAGCCUGCGAGCGGCUGCAGUUCCGGUUUCCUGGUUACGGCGAUGGCGUGCUGCACCGCAUGGACCAGCUGCGGGAACAGCGCCGCUUCUGCGACGUGACCGUGCAGGUGAAUGAGCUGCGGGUUCCUGGCCACCGUGUGGUUUUCGCGGCCUGCUCCCCUUUCCUGCGUGACCAGUUCCUGCUCAACGAUUCGCAAGAGGUGAUGGUCUCCCUCUUCCAGAGCCCAGAGAUUGGGCGCCAGCUUCUGCUGUCCUGCUACACGGGGUGCCUGGACGUGCCCAUCAAGGAACUAGUCAACUACUUGACGGCGGCAUCCUUCUUGCAGAUGGGUCACGUGGUGGAACGCUGCGCCCAGGCCGUCUCCCACUACCUAGUCCCGAAGGCGGACGCCCUGCUGCAGGAGAAGCAGGAGGAGGAGGAGAGCAGUGAGCAGCAAGAUGGAGAGGAGGAGGAGGAAGAGGAGGAAGAAGGGGAGAAGCAGCCCUCUUCCCCCCCAGUCAAAGCAGACUGUGAAGAAAACAAAAUGGCGGCCGUGGAGUUCACCCCCCGCAGCUCCCACGGACCCGCCUCCCCUGCCAUUUCCCUCUCCCUCCUUAACUCCGCCGUGGAGAUCACCCGCAGCUACCUGCAGGGUUGCUACGAUGACGAGAUGGGCGGCAAAGGGCUCCCUUUCCCCUCCACGAUGUCCUCACCGGCUUCCCCGUGGAGAAACUACCCCUUGCACCGUCAUCGCCACGGCCCGGCUAUCAACUACCGGGAGUGGAGGACGGGCAGCGGGGUGGCCUCGUGGAAGGUGCCUGGCUUGGAGCGGCCUUACCGCUGCCCCCGUUGCAGCCGGGUCUUCCAGCAGCUGGGGCACCUGGUCAGCCACGUGCAAGAGCACAAGCUUUUCCUGUGCCUUCGCUGCGGCAAAGUCUUCUCACAGAAGAGCAACCUGACGCGGCACAUCCGGGUUCACACGGGCUUCAAGCCCUUCCAGUGCCCCAUCUGCCACAAGUGCUUUACCCAGAACGCCACGUUGCAGGACCACCUCAACCUCCACAGUGGCAUCAAGCCCCACCGGUGCAACUACUGCGAGAUGCACUUCACCCACAAGCCGGGCCUGCGGCGCCACCUAAAGGAGCUGCACGGGAAAAGCACCGUCCAGAACAGCCACGAGGAGAUCGAGGAAGUCACCAUCGAUUUUGACGUGCGGGGCGGGCAGGGGAGCGGCUACACCCUCAACGGCAGGUUCUUUUGCGAGCCGAAGGGGGCUCUUCCUCCCCCAACAUCCUCUCUAUGAGAACCGGCAAGGGGGACCCUCCUAGGAGGUUUUGCAGUAGAGAGUAGUUGUCGGGGAAGGCCCGCUGGCCUCGACUGUUUGUCGCGUAGUUCAGGCAAUGACCUGGAAUAGGAUGUCAGAAAAACGGACGGAGCCGCGUGUCCUCUGUAGAAAUUGCCUGGCUACUGGAUGCUGCCUGCGUUGGCCGCUGGCUAGUUUGGUUUCCCAGAGCUGUUCCACCUUUGAGGUGAAGUGAAGCAACUCGCCAGGGACUUUGGGGUGCCUCUGUACCCCCCUCCAUCUCGAAGGGCAGCCUUGCAGAGCCACGCUGCUCCUAUACCUCCCGUUGAGAACGGCAGACUUUGCGAAGGCGAACUUCUGCGGUGGGCUAACGGCUACAGAGCGUCCUCUUUGAUUUUCCUACCUCAAGCACUUGAAGGUCUCACGUCAGUCUUAACGUCGGGAAGAACUCAAACGACACGGACACAGAGAGAGAGACAAAGAGAGAGGAACCGACCUGUUUGUGAAUUAACGUCAGCACCUCCGUGUGGCUUGGAGCACAAACGAACGGUUGAGGGAUUGCGAGAUCGCUCGUCUCUCUUAAUAAAAGGAUGAGGCUCGUGGCCAGAGUUAA